CGAGGAGAGCGUAUCAUCUAAACGACCCAAGACGUCUCAGUCUGGUCCCAAAAAGAAGAAGGUUCGCAAGGUGCUCUCUACUGUCGACAACGACAGUAGCAGCGCUCCUACAUUGCGACGCAGUACUCGCGCUGCGGCACGUGGUGUAUCUUAUCGUGAGGAUGACGAUCGCUCCUUCAAGAAUGAAUCGCCAAAUAAGGGGAAGGAAGAGGAAGAUUACGAGGAAUCUGACAGCGACGAGGAGGAAGAGGACGCCGAUUCUUCCGUCAGGACGCCGCAGCGCAAGGCUCAAAGGCUCGGCAUUCGCACUCAAGAUCCAAAGCAAUUUGGGCAUAUUCCCGGGGUUGAAAUUGGAACUUGGUGGGAGAGUCGCAUGGAUUGCAGCACAGCUGCUAUUCACGCUCCAACUGUAUGCGGGAUUGCUGGGUCAGCACGCGACGGGGGCGCCUUCAGCAUCGCUCUGUCUGGUGGUUACGAGGACGAUAUCGAUCAAGGCUACGUUUUUACCUACACCGGAGCUGGUGGGCGUGAUUUGAAAGGAACACCACAGAACCGCAAGAAUCUUCGUACGGCUCCACAGUCGAAGGAUCAAAGCUUCGAGCAUAUCUACAACAAAGCGCUCGAGAAGUCCGUUGAAACGAGGAAGCCGGUUCGUGUUGUCCGUGGCUUUAAGCUUCAGUCCAAAUAUGCGCCAAAGGAAGGGUAUCGCUACGAUGGGCUCUAUAUUGUCGAGAAGGCUUGGAUGGAGACAGGCCUGAAUCCUGGGGGAUUCAAGGUCUGCAAGUUUGCUCUAUGUCGCCUCGAAGGCCAGCCUCCAAUUCCAAUCAAUAAAGACUGGAAAGGGGAUGACGAGGAGGAGGAUGCUGAGGAUGCAUCUGGUGAUGCUGAGGAAGACCCCGAGUCAGAGGUUGAAGAGAAGGAGUCCGUUAAGAAGAGUACGCGCAAAGGCAAGGAGGGAAAGGAAGAGGCGAAGAAAGAUGAAGUGGAGGACGACAAAGAGAACGCUGUUGUGUGAAAGGUGCAUGAUUUCGUUCCACAAAUUUUGCCCCUCGUAUAUCUCCGAGUUUCUCGUACUUAUUA